UGUCCGGUCCCGCAAAGCAAUAUUAUUGUUGAAUCAUUGUCCAUUAUGAUUUAUGAAUGAUAGUCGGCGGACGCGCGGACAUCGGUCCGAUGACUCCGAUGGCUGAUUACGCUCGUGAUCGCGAAACCGUAAAGUGAGCGGUAAUGAAUAACAACCGUAACAGGGGGAAGUGGGAACGCGAUAUUGUGCCCAAGCUGUAGGCUCGGAGAAAGCGGUUUCUUCGGUCGGGACCCCGGGCAAACGACGUCGAAACCGAUGAUAUCCCUCAAGAAAAUUAUCUUUGGGGAUCACGAAUUUCGCAAACGCCAAACACCCUUUUUGCGCAUUGAUAACGCCACACUGAUAACGGUGACUGUCCGUGCAUCUGGGUCCCGCGGUGGUCAUCUUCCCGACCGUCCGCUCCGCUUUUUCACGACACUCGCCCCGCAGCCCGUUAAAAUAUCGAUUUUAUCGCCGCAAGACACGUCCUAGCGUACCGUUGUUUUUGUUGUUGUUUUGAUCGUUCGUCUGCGUGUCAACACCGCAAUGUCCGUAAACAUGACCGAAGAAGUCCAGAGCGACGAGGUGUUCAAAAAACUCGACGCGUUGAAAGACAUCAGAGACAAAACUGAAAAAUUGGAAACUCUAAAAAUGAACAUUUUGAAAGAAAUUGAAGCAAGUGAUCAAGAAGAUAAAUGUCUUAUUGAGUAUCGCAAAGAAUUGGAACUGCUACUACAAGAAAAAAUGGCACAUGUAGAAGAACUUAGACAAAUACAUGCUGAUAUAAAUGCGAUGGAAAGUGUGAUAAAAAAAGCUGAAGAAUCUAGAAAUCGAUCUAUGGAGCGUGCUAAACAAGUCCACGAUGAAUAUAAACCUCUUAAGACAGAUAUUGACCUUAUGCGUAGGGAUUUACUUGGACUUGAACGGUUACCAGAACUUCAUGAAGAAGAAAGUGAUCUUCUGCGACCAGAUUUAUUUGUCCAAACCUAUUUUGAAAAACAAAUUAAACCUGCUGUGUCAACACCUCCAAAUUCAGAUUGGCACAAUGGCGAUAGUGUGCAGAACUUAACUCAAGCACAUCAGCAUGCUCAAGCAGCUGUAGCAGCUUUUCUUGGAUCUCAAGCAGCUCCACUUCAACAACUUGCAACUAGUAGCAAAAUGGUUAAUGGUGGACCUGUAGAUACUAGACCAAUACCUCCAAUUCCUGGACCGCCAGCAUUCAGUUUUGAGAAUGAUCAUUCUGCUGCUGCAACCGUGAUGGGUAAUGUCAAGUUUAAAUUAAAAGCAGUGCUUACAUCAGGACAACAACCACCUCCAAUGAAAUCAUGCUUAUCGUGUCAUCAACAAAUUCAUCGUAAUGCUCCAAUUUGUCCAUUAUGCAAAGCUAAAUCCAGGAGUCGUAAUCCGAAAAAACCAAAGAAAAAAGAUUAACUAGCAAUGACUCAAAGUGAAAAAUCUGAAUUAAAACUUUUAAUCAGAAUUCAAAGUAUAUGAUAAUUUAAAUAAGUCUACUUUGCUGACACUAAACUGGCUUUUAAAAAUUAGACAUUUUAGAAUUAUGGAAAUGUCUUUUUUCUUUGUGUUAUACAAAAUAAGAUCUUUAUUAGAUGCUUAAAUAACUCAAAAUGGGCUGAAAAAGCUAAGUAUGAGAUUUAAACAUAAACAGUAUUUUUAUUUUUAAAUUAUCUUAAGGAUCAUGUAUAUAGUAUAUUAUAUAUUAUAUAUACUUAUUAUAUUUUAAAACAGACAGUAUUAAAAUUUAAUGUUUUCAAAAUUGUGAUUAUCUUUAAUCCACAUUCCUAAAAUAAGUAUUAAAUUUAAAAAAAAAAAAAAAAAUGUUUUUCUUUGCGUUGAAUUUUUUUUUAAUAGAGUAUUUAUAAUUUUGUAUAUUCCACUCAAAUUAAUAUUUUCUCAGUUAAUUAUAACAAAUAUUAUCUUAAGUGAUUUGUGUUUGUAAAUAAAUGAUUUUUAUAAACAUA